GCAAGCGAGACGAAUAUGGUAUUCGAUAGAUCGUUUAGUAGCGAUCGGUCAUUCGCUGGACACGCUCGCUUUGUUCUGACCAGACUCAAAGUCAGUGUAUUGUUCACAAUGGAUGAGCCAGGCAUUAACGACACAAUCGAGUUACUAGAAAGAUUCUUGAAGAUUCUCAAAGAGGAACAAGUUUUUGAUCAAAAUGCGCAUCAUCCUGUCGUGCGAUUUCUUCAUCCUUCAGAAUUACAUAAAGAAAUUCCAAUUUCGUUGCACGAGGAAUCAGCGAGCGACGAGGAAAUCGAGAGAGCAAUACGACAGACCAUAAGAUACUCCGUGAAAACAUCAAGUCCACAUUUUCACAAUCAACUCUACGCUGGCAUUGAUAAAUACGGUUUAAUCGGUUCCUGGCUAACAGACGUCUUGAACACCAGCAUAUAUACUUACGAGGUUGCUCCCGUAUUUACUCUGAUGGAGAUGGAAAUUAUACGAAAAUCGGCGGAGCUGUUCGGCUAUCCGGCCGACAAUAGCGACGGUAUUUUGAAUCCGGGCGGUAGUUUGUCCAACAUGUACGGGAUGGUGAUGGCUAGAUUCAGGAAAACACCGAAUGUCAAGGAGCUGGGUUUGCGUGAAUCACCUCAAUUAGUGUGUUUCACCAGCGAGCAAGGUCACUACUCAAUCGUAAAAGCUGCCCAUUGGCUCGGCUUGGGCGUUAACAACGUUUACAAGGUGCAGACAGACGAGUACGGUCGCAUGAAACCGAAUGAUCUGAGACGACUCGUGAAAAAGUCGAGAGAUGAAAAUAAACUACCGUUUUUCGUGAACGCUACCUGCGGUAGUACGGUGCUCGGCGCCAUCGACCCGUUGGAAGAAAUUUACGCGAUCUGUCAAGAAGAAGAACUCUGGUUUCACGUAGACGCCUGUCUCGGUGGUUCCGUGAUAUUUUCGAAAAAAUAUCAGCAUCGAUUGCUAGGCAUUGCAUUAUCGGACUCGCUAGCUUGGAAUCCACACAAGAUGCUCGGAGUACCGUUACAAUGUUCUCUGUUUCUUGUCAAACACAAGGCCGCGUUGGACACGGUAAACUCCGUGAAAGCUAAGUAUCUUUUCCAGCAGGACAAAUUUUACGACGUGACCUGGGACGUGGGUGAUAAAAGCGUACAGUGCGGUAGGAAGGUAGACGCAAUGAAAUUUUGGUUAAUGUGGAAAGCUCGCGGCACGAGCGGCUUCGAGCAAUCGGUGGAGAAGGCAAUGUAUUGCGCCGAAUACUUUCUGAAACGAAUUAAAGAGACUCCUGGUUUUCGACCGGUUCUGUCUGAAUACGAGUGCAACAACGUUUGUUUUUGGUACAUACCUCCGAGCAUGCGUGGACAGGAAGAGACUCCGAUCUGGUGGCGCGAUAUAUCGCGCGUCACCACCAAGAUAAAAGAGAGCAUGGUUUUAGAUGGAUCUCUUAUGAUCGGUUAUACACCUUUGCCGAAUCUUCUUGUGAAUUUCUUUCGCAUGGUUGUGAGCUGCGAGCCGCCACCUACAGAAGCGUCUAUGGAUUACGUUAUCAGUCAGAUCGAAAGAUUCGGAGCCAAUUUGUAGAAAAGUAUCGCCACCCUGCACACAUACUUAUGGUACAACAAGUGUGUGGUACAUCGUGAUGUGACGUCUUCCGAAUUGUAUACUGCGUUCAGUCAGCGAAUUAUUAACUGUAACAAUUAAAUAGACAUAUAAAAUGUAUCCAAAAUAUAAAUAUAUAAUAAAUAAAACAAUUAAAUAAAACAUGUGCUCCCAAGGACAAUAAAAAAAUGUUUGUAUUUCAAACAAGUGCGGAGAAAUAAAUGCAUCUGGUACAAGAGUUUUUUACUUGCAAUGUACGCAACCUUAACAUUGAUACUUCGUUCUAUUCACAGCGUCGCGAUGUCACAUGCGUUUUUUUUUUUUUUUUA